CGCUGGGGUCGCCUCUUCGAGGAGCUGGACAGUAACAAGGAUGGUCGCGUGGACGUCCACGAGUUGCGCCAGGGACUGGCCCGGUAGGCGCUGGCGACCCGGACCGCGGCGCCCAACAGGGCAUCUCUCUCGAGGGUGAUGCUGACCCAGAUGGUGGCCUUGACCUGGAGGAGUUUAUCCUCUACCUGCAGGAGCGGGAACAGCGCCUGCUGCUUCUGUUCCACAGUCUGGACCGGAAUCAGGAUGGUCACAUUGAUGUCUCUGAGAUCCAGCAGAGUUUCCGAGCUCUGGGCAUUUCCAUCUCGCUGGAGCAAGCAGAGAAAAUCCUGCACAGCAUGGACCGUGACGGCACCAUGACCAUUGACUGGCAGGAAUGGCGCGACCACUUCCUGUUGCAUUCGCUGGAGAACGUGGAAGAUGUGCUCUAUUUCUGGAAGCAUUCCACGGUCCUGGACAUUGGCGAGUGCCUGACAGUCCCUGAUGAGUUCUCGGAGCAGGAGAAGCUGACUGGCAUGUGGUGGAAGCAGCUGGUGGCGGGCGCAGUGGCGGGUGCCGUGUCCCGGACGGGCACAGCCCCUCUGGACCGCCUCAAGGUCUUCAUGCAGGUCCAUGCCUCCAAGACCAACCGACUGAACAUCCUGGGGGGCCUACGGAGCAUGAUCCGAGAGGGGGGCGUGCGCUCCCUAUGGCGUGGCAAUGGCAUUAACGUGCUCAAGAUUGCACCUGAGUCAGCUAUCAAGUUCAUGGCCUAUGAGCAGAUCAAGCGGGCCAUCCGGGGGCAGCAGGAGACGCUGCACGUGCAGGAGCGCUUUGUGGCUGGCUCCCUGGCUGGUGCCACAGCCCAAACCAUCAUUUACCCCAUGGAGGUGCUGAAGACGCGGCUGACCCUUCGCCGGACGGGCCAGUACAAGGGGCUGCUGGACUGUGCGUGGCAGAUCCUGGAACAAGAAGGGCCCCGGGCCUUCUACCGUGGCUACCUGCCCAACGUGCUGGGCAUCAUCCCCUACGCGGGCAUUGACCUGGCCGUCUACGAGACCUUGAAGAACCAGUGGCUGCAGCAGUACAGCCACGACUCGGCCGACCCUGGCAUCCUCGUGCUCCUGGCCUGCGGCACCAUCUCCAGCACGUGUGGCCAGAUAGCCAGUUACCCCCUGGCCCUGGUCCGGACCCGCAUGCAGGCCCAAGCCUCCAUCGAGGGAGCCCCCCAGCUCUCCAUGCUGGGUCUGCUCCGUCACAUCCUGUCCCAGGAGGGCGUGCGGGGCCUCUACCGGGGCAUUGCCCCCAACUUCAUGAAGGUUAUCCCGGCUGUGAGCAUCUCCUAUGUGGUCUACGAAAAUAUGAAGCAGGCCCUGGGGGUCACGUCCAGAUCCUCAAGCCCACUGACGGAUCCUAGAUCCCCCUGCUCCAAGCCAUGGAUCUCCAAGCUCAGCCACUGGAUUCUGGAUCUCAAGAAACCUCAGCCACAGGAUCCUGACAGUGCAAUGCUGAGAUCCCGGGACCCCAGCCACUGGAUCCCAGAUCCCUCCCCCCUCCCUGGAUUCCUGAAAUCCUUUACCUCGACACUGGGUCCCAGAUCCCUCUGCUUCAAUUACCAGGUCCUAUAUUUCAACCAUUAUGCCCUCAACCCCUGGAUCCCAGAGUCCCAAGCCCUGACCUGCCAGAUCCUUGCUCCUGAAACCACAGGGGCGAGAGCCCAGUGGCAGAGUGAGCAGGUCCUGGCAGCUGCAGCCAUGGGAUCCCCAAUCCCUUCACCGCAGGCACUGGAUCCCAAACCCUCACCUAUAAGAUGCAGACCCCAACAUUUCCAGGCACUGGAUCCCCAAAGCCCAGACCCCCAGUCUAGCUCCCAAUAGACCCAUUGCAGCAUCCUGGGUCUUCCCCCAGUCCCAGACACACACCAGGACCCAGAGGUUCUGCCCCAUUGCACAAACCCCAUAGUCUACGGAGCCUCCCGGAAGCUCGAGUCCUGGCCUUUCAGCUCCAGAAGACCCCCAGGACUCGCCCACUGUCCUGACAUGACUGAGGCCGAUAGCAGGGGAAGGAGGCGCCCCUCCCAGGCCCUACACGGACGUCGGACCCCCACCCCCCUGCGGGGAAGCUGCUCCCCCAGCGCUCUGUGGGGGCUUCUUGCCCCUUCCCACUGGACAGGCUGAUCAUAACCCCCAGAGCCUGGGCCCCUCUGGGGGACCCAGUGGCUCUUUUUUAGGGGCUGGCGAGGAGGCAAUCUAAGGCUGGGGACACAUUAAGGGGAUUCCCCCCGACACACCCUGGCCCUGCCCGCCCCUCCCCAGGCUUCAGAGUUGGAAGCCAGGAGCAGCUUCCCUAAACCCAAGCCUCCAAUGAUGCAAAACAAACAAACCCCAAACCCUCAAAUCCCCCAAACUGACUCCAGGUCUAUUUUUCUACAAGAGAGGAGCAGACAGCCCAUCCAUCCCAAAUAACCCGAGCCCCCAGUACCCCAACCCGGGACACUCUGCACUUUAUGGUUAGGAUCUGAGCUUAAGAUAAUUGGGGGACCCCUCUCUCCAUUCCUUCCAAGCCCCUGGGGAGCCCCAUUAAAGGACUGUGAAAGAGGAACUGGGAUGUUGGGGGGUGGGAGGACCCCCCAAUGCUUCCACCUCCCCCACCUCCACUAUGCCCCACCUCCCUGCUUGUGUGUUAUUUCAAAGAAAAGAACAAAGGAAUACAUUUUCUAA